AUGCUCAACCAAUUUUGCUUUCUGGAUCCAUACACCAUUUGCAUAAGCGACCUCAUCUUCUCCUCAAAUGAAAGGCACAAUUGGGGAAAGACGUCUUCUCGCUUCGCUGCCUCCCCUCCUGCGCCCGCCCACAAGUUCGAGUCUGCUCUCCACAGUACCGAAAAGUCUGCCGACUUGACCAAUCACAACUUCGUCUCGCCUGCACCGGAAGCGAAGACAUACCUUUUCGCAUCUGAUCGAAUAAAUAGCCAUUCAUCGGAAUCGCAGUCAGUUCUGUUUGUCUUUGUGUUGCCAAGUGACGGUUUGGAGUCUCUCUUGUCAACAGACGUUCGAGGAUCGGUGCCCAAUUCGGCCGAAGGAUCGCCUCUUCAGGUCGGCCCAGUUGCCGAGUCGAAGUGCCGACAGACCAUGGCCGAUACCCGCAGCAACAUGUCGGGCCGAUCAGAUCUCGAGCACAUGCUACAGCCGGCCCGUCUUCUUCGUCUACUCAUCAUCCUCUUUAUGUGCCUCGGAAUUUGCCCUCACAGGCACACUCGUAAGACACUGACUUGUCGACCAUUUUUGUUUACCAUUUUUGGUGUUGUUUUAACACACCGUCGAAUGAGCGUUGAGCACACUUUCGUGCUGAGUGGAAGUAAAUCUGUUGAAAUCACCGCGGCCUUUUAA